AUGAGUGUCAAUACUACUUCUCCAGUUGUGGAUAGUAUUAGUGAUAAUGCUACUACAUAUUUGAGUACAAAAUAUAUCAUCGAUAGUUUAUAUUCAACUUAUCAACAAGCUUCAUGGUUACAAAUCAUUUUAACCUCAAUCAUUCUCAUUUUGACUUAUGAUCAAAUCCUGUAUCAAAUCAAUAAAGGUUCAAUUGCUGGUCCAAAAUUCAAAUUUUGGCCAAUUAUUGGUCCAUUCUUGGAAUCUUUAGAUCCAAAAUUCGAAGAAUAUAAAGCUAAAUGGGAUUCUGGUGAAUUGAGUUGUGUUUCCAUUUUCCAUAAAUUCGUUGUUAUUGCUUCUUCUCGUGAUUUAGCUAGAAAGAUUUUAGCAUCUCCAAAAUACGUUAAACCUUGUGUUGUUGAUGUUGCUGUUAAAAUUUUAAGACCUUCAAAUUGGGUUUUCUUAGACGGUAAAGCACAUACUGAUUACCGUCGUUCUUUGAAUGGUUUAUUCUCCCAAAGAGCUUUGGAAAUUUACAUUCCAGUUCAAGAAAAAUACAUGGAUAUUUAUUUAGAUAGAUUCUGUAAGUACGACGGUCCACGUGAAUUCUUCCCAGAAUUUAGAGAAUUGUUGUGUGCUUUAUCUUUGAGAACUUUCUGUGGGGAUUACAUCACUGAAGAUCAAAUUGCUUUAGUUGCUGAUAACUAUUACAGAGUCACUGCUGCUUUGGAAUUGGUCAAUUUCCCAAUCAUUAUUCCUUACACUAAAACUUGGUACGGUAAGAAGAUUGCUGAUGAUACCAUGAAGAUUUUUGAAAAUUGUGCUGCUAUGUCCAAGAAACACAUUAAUGAAAAUAAUGGUACUCCAGGUUGUGUUAUGGAUGAAUGGAUUUACUUGAUGAAAGAAGCUAAAGAAAAACACUCUGAUGAUCCAGAUUCCAAAUUAUUGAUUAGAGAAUUCUCCAACCGUGAAAUUUCCGAAGCCAUUUUCACUUUCUUGUUUGCUUCUCAAGAUGCCUCUUCUUCUUUGGCUUGUUGGUUAUUCCAAAUUGUCGCCGACAGACCAGAUGUUGUUGCCAAGAUUAGAGAAGAACAAUUGAGAGUUAGAAACAAUGACCCAUCUGUUAAAUUGUCCUUGGAUUUGAUUAAUGAAAUGACUUACACCAAUGAUGUUGUUAAAGAAUCUUUGAGAUACCGUCCACCAGUCUUGAUGGUUCCAUAUGUUGUUAAGAAAGCUUUCCCAGUUACUGAAAAAUACACUGCUCCAAAGGGUUCUAUGCUUAUCCCAACUUUGUACCCUGCUUUACAUGAUCCUGAAGUUUAUGAUGAACCAGAUUCUUUCAUUCCAGAAAGAUGGGCCACUGCUUCUGGUGAUAUGUACAAACGUAACUGGUUGGUCUUCGGUACUGGUCCACACGUUUGUUUGGGUAAGAACUAUGUCAUGAUGUUGUUUACUGGUAUGUUGGGUAAAUUUGUCAUGAACUCUGAUAUCAUUCAUCACAAAACUGCAUUAUCUGAAGAAAUCAAAGUUUUCGCUACUAUUUUCCCUAAGGACGAUGUUAUUUUAGAAUGGAAAAAGAGAGAUCCGUUAGCUGCUUCUAAUUAA